AUGGACGCAAGAAUAGCUGGAGCAGACGCUAGAAUCACGAGAGCAACAUUGGGAACGUCAGGCGCACAACCAGUACCUAACUUAGAAGGCCAGAAGAGGAACCUGAGAAAGACAAGAGAGAAGACAGGAGAAACUGAUGAGGAAGGAAACAGUGAGGGUGGAAGUAAGGAGAGAGGAAACAGAGAAGAAAACCAAUCGAGAGAAGAAGAAGGAGGCGUGGCAGCAGGCGGCCCUAAUCUUUUACCGGAAUCCGAUGAUGACGAUACCUCCUGGCAACCUACGUCAGAGGAGACAAACGAGGACAAUGAGAACUCGGAAAUGGCAGAGGACAUGUCAGUGGAAAGCAAGUGGGAAAAAGUCGCUGACUUACAUUUUCCCUACGAUUCCAACUCUCAGUGGUUGAUGGCGACUUGA